CCACAGCCGCGCUCCUGGAGCACCUAAAGCGGCGGCGCGAGGCGAUGCGCGCUGAGGGCGCCCCGGCCUCGCCACCCGGUUCUGGCACGCGCACCUGCACCGUGACUGAAGGCAAGCACGCGCGCCUCAGCUGCUACGUGACAGGUGAGCCUAAGCCCGAGACGGUAUGGAAGAAGGACGGGCAGCUGGUGGUCGAGGGCCGGCGACACGUGGUGUACGAGGACGCUCAGGAGAACUUCGUGCUCAAGAUCCUCUUCUGCAAGCAGUCAGACCGGGGCCUCUACACCUGCACGGCAUCCAACCUGGUGGGCCAAACCUACAGCUCCGUGCAGGUCGUCGUGCGAGAGCCCGCGAUGCCCUUCAGGAAGCGGCUGCAGGACCUGGAGGUGCAGGAGAGGGAGUCGGCCACGUUCCAGUGCGAGGUGGAGCUGCCGACCACCGAGGCCGCGUGGUACAAGGAGGAGACGCGGCUGUGGGCCAGCGCCAAGUACGGCAUCGAGGAGGCGGGCACCGAGCGCCGGCUGACCGUGCGCAACGUCUCGGCCGACGACGACGCUGUCUACAUCUGCGAGACUGCGGAGGGCAGCCGCACGGUGGCGGAGCUCGCGGUGCAAGGCAACCUCAUCCGGAAGCUCCCGAGGAAGACCGUGGUGCGAGUGGGGGACACGGCCAUGUUCUGUGUGGAGCUGGCCAGGCCGGAGGACUCCGUCCACUGGCUGAGGAACCAGGAGGAGGUGGUGGCUGGGGGCCGCGUGGCCAUCACCACGGAAGGCACGUGCCACGCGCUGACCAUCUCCAAGUGCAGCCUGGAGGACAUGGGCGAGGUGACCUUCACGGCUGGGGACUGCCAGACAUCCACGCAGUUCUUUGUGUCUGCCCCUAGGAAGCCGCCCCUGCAAGCCCCUGAGGCCCCUGAGGUAAAGGCCAGGACAGAGUGCUCCGUGACCCUCGGCUGGUCCCCCCCACCCCACGGGGACCGCCCUGUCCCCAUCGAUGGUUAUCUGGUGGAAAAGAAGCGGCUUGGCGCCUACACCUGGAGCCCGUGCCAUGAGGCCAAGUGGGUGGAUGUGCGUGAGCUGACCGUGGCCGGCGUGUCCGAGGAGGGGGACUUCCAGUUCCGGGUGUCAGCUGUGAACAGCUUUGGCCACAGUCCCUGCCUGGAGUUCCCAGGGACUGUCCACCUGGCCCCCCAGCUGGCCCUGAGGACGCCUCUGAAGGCAGUGGAGGCCGUGGAGGGUGGCGAGGUGACCUUCUCCGUGGACCUCACUCUGGCCUCGGCGGGCGAGUGGUUCCUGGAUGGGCGGGCCCUGAAGGCCAGCGGCGUGUACGUGAUCCGUCACGAGGGCACGCGGCACACCCUCACCAUCCGCUCCGUGUCCGCCAGCCUGCACGGCGCGGAGCUCAAGUUCGUGGCCAACGGCAUCGAGAGCAGCAUCCGCAUGGAGGUCCGAGGGCUCACUCCCUUUCUGCACAAGGACACAGCUGGUGGCUGUGUGGAUGCCAUGGCUGGAGGCCCAGCCCACUUCGAAUGUGAGACCUCUGAGGCCCACGUGCGCGUGCGCUGGUACAAGGACGGCACGGAGCUCAGUCGCUCCAGCCAGCGCUUCUCGCAGGAGGACGUGGGCACGCGGCACCGGCUGGUGGCAGCCUCGGUCACCAGGCAGGAUGAGGGUACCUACUCAUGCCGCGUGGGUGAGGACUCCGUGGACUUCCAGCUGCGUGUCUCCGAGCCCUCGGCCGUGUUUGCCAAGGAGCAGCCAGCACGCAGGGAGGUGCAGGCCAAGGCGGGGGCCAGCGCCACCCUGAGCUGUGAGGUGGCCCAGGCCCAGACAGAGGUGACGUGGUACAAGGAUGGGAAGAAGCUGAGUGCGAGCUCCAAAGUGCACGUGGAGGCCAAGGGCUGCAGCAGGCGGCUGGUGGUGCAGCAGGUGGGCAAGGCGGACGCUGGGGCGUACAGCUGUGAGGCCGGGGGCCAGAAGGUGUCCUUCCACUUGGACGUGGCAGAGCCCUCGGCCGUGUUUGCCAAGGAGCAGCCAGCACGCAGUGAGGUGCAGGCCAAGGCGGGGGCCAGCGCCACCCUGAGCUGUGAGGUGGCCCAGGCCCAGACAGAGGUGACGUGGUACAAGGAUGGGAAGAAGCUGAGUGCGAGCUCCAAAGUGCACGUGGAGGCCAAGGGCUGCAGCAGGCGGCUGGUGGUGCAGCAGGUGGGCAAGGCGGACGCUGGGGAGUACAGCUGUGAGGCUGGGGGCCAGAAGGUGUCCUUCCACCUGGAUGUUGCAGAACCUGCAAUGGUGUUUGCCAAGGAGCAGCCAGCACGCAGGGAGGUGCAGGCCAAGGCGGGGGCCAGCGCCACCCUGAGCUGUGAGGUGGCCCAGGCCCAGACAGAGGUGACGUGGUACAAGGAUGGGAAGAAGCUGAGUGCGAGCUCCAAAGUGCACGUGGAGGCCAAGGGCUGCAGCAGGCGGCUGGUGGUGCAGCAGGUGGGCAAGGCGGACGCUGGGGAGUACAGCUGUGAGGCCGGAGGCCAGAAGGUGUCCUUCCACCUGGACGUGGCAGAGCCUGCAGCUGUGUUUGCCAAGGAGCAGCCAGCACGCAGUGAGCUGCAGGCCAAGGUGGGGGCCAGCGCCACCCUGAGCUGUGAGGUGGCCCAGGACAAGACGGAGGUGACAUGGUACAAGGAUGGGAAGAAGCUGAGUGCAAGCUCCAAAAUAUGCAUGGAGGCCGAGGGCUGCAGCAGGCGGCUGGUGGUGCAGCAGGUGGGCAAGGCGGACGCUGGGGAGUACAGCUGUGAGGCCGGGGGCCAGAAGGUGUCCUUCCACCUGGAUGUCACAGGUCAGCGCUUUGGAGGUAACAGUUAGGUGGAACAGGUUUAUACCCAAGCCAGACUGUGUUGCUCUUUCAAUUAGACUUUGUCCCUUGACAUCACCCACCCACCCAGCCACCUCCCCUUUCCACAUCCAAGGUGGGACCAAGGGAGCAUGGCUAGAGGGAGUGUACAGGAGGGAGAGACUCUUCUUAUACACCUCGAGGUAUGUUUCCACGUAGCAGUGCUGGUCACAUUUUCCCAGCACCUGCUCAAAACCCACUGAUGGAUCUGGGUAUCUGGGAGUCGGGAUCUCCCUGAUACGUGGGCUUAGGUAGACCAGACGUCUCUCCCCUGGGGUUGUUGGGGAAGGUCACCUGUCUCUUCCCCAAGUGCACCUGAGAGUUCCUGCUAGCAAGAUAUGUUUGUCUUCACUGAACCAGGGAGAGGGGACAUCUGGGCCACACGAUCACACUUGGAGUUUUCUUAGGACUGUGCUUUGAGUUCUCACAGUUUUAGGUGUUUGGGACACUCUUCGACAUUUUCACAGGGUUAUAAAAGCUCUCUCUGCACCCAUAUGUGGACAAGUCUAGAUCCGUAUUUUGUUGCAGCACCCUGUGCAGAUAACACAGAGAGCAGAGGACUGGUGUGUAUGUGCCCCUGACACACACCUGUGAUG